AUGGGAGGACGUAUUAGUCGUGGGCGAGAUUACCAGUCACUUAUUGAUGAAUUGGUACAAAGCGGUUUGAGACUCAAUCUAGAAACUGAGCGUGCACUGCGCUUAGUUGAUAGAGGCCGCUAUAUUGAUGAAAAUAGCACGAGGGCUUAUGUGGACUUAGCCUAUAGAUCGGAUACCAUCCAUCUUUCAGCACCAAGUAUCUACUUUGUGGCGCUCAAGAAUUUGGAUAUACAGCCCGGAAACUACUUUUUGAAUAUUGGUAGCGGAACAGGUUACCUUAGCACAGUAAUCGGAUUGUUACUGGGAUAUAACGGAGUUAAUCAUGGUAUUGAGGUCAAUGAUUUCAAUGUCAGCUUUUCACGUCAACAAUUGGAGACCUUUAUGUCUGAGUGUGAUGCACCAUUUGAACGUCCAUUCUGUCCCCCAGUCUUCCUGCACGGAAAUAUUCUAGAUUUAUUUGCUCCUUUGGAUCAGCGGGCAAGUACAAACUCCGAUGUUUUUCCACGGUCUUCUGAAGUGCCUCAACCUGAAAUAAUUCGGAAUCAUUCGGAUAGUCAGCUGUUAAAUAACAGUUUGCUUAAUUCAUCAAAUGGCCCCAUUUCCGAAGAAAGACAAGGUCGUUCAUCAGAAAAUGGAAUGGGGGCAAUGGUUGACGGUGAAAUCAAUGGAAAUGAUGAUCGAAAUGACGAUGAGAAUGAGAGUGAUUUUGAUCCGACAAGGUGGGGAGAUAUUUUUGUUGACCUGCCUCCUCUCAUUCAUUCAGAUAGUUCUUCACCCAAUGAGCGAAAUGGUGAUAUACCACAAUGGCCAGUCUACGAUCGGAUAUAUGUAGGUGCUGCCGUUACUAGUUGUGCACAAUUACGAUCUAUACUUCGCCUUCUCAAAAUCGGUGGCAUAUUAGUAGUACCUUAUCUAGAUAAAUUUUUGAAAAUCAUACGAAUUGACGAAAACAUAAUAAACACUUCAGAAUUAAUGACAGUCAGCUUUGCGACUCUUGUUCCAUCCACAAUGGAUUCCGAGAGGCGAGUUGAAUCGCCUCCUAAGCAAGAAGUGCCACCACUGGAGCAGCUAGCUGCGCGCCUUAUACGAAGCCUCCUUCGGAAUGCAAUAGAAUGUCGUCAUAAUGGCCCGCCAGUUCUUGGUCGUCGGAGAAAAGUAGUGGUAGAUGACAGUGAUGCUAGUGAAGAAUUGGACAUUCCGAUGCAAUUAAUUGACGCCGAAGAACCGGAUGAGACGGAAGAUGAAAUUGGUGUGUACCGGCGUAGAAGUCAAUAUGUUAGUCCAACGACUGCACAGAAUGCUCCUACGGCUCGAUUUUUACAUUAUUUAAUAAAUACUACACAGAUAGGUGAAGAUAGGCCAAGUUCAAAUCAGAGUUCAGGAAAUGAAGAUAGUUUGGACACAAGUGGUCCGCAUGAAGUACAGGAUGUUUCGAUUGAGGAACAUGAUUCAUCGACCGCAGACAAUGAAGAAUCUGACCUCAACGACACAGAAUCUCAACAAAUCUCACCCAACCUAAGAGUUGAUUUCCGUCGCCUUAUGAAUAGUAUUGAUAGCGCAAUUAGUGCUACAAUCGCUGGACAUGAGAACAACCGAAAUGGCAACACAAGCGAUACCGACGUGUCAAUGGAUAGUGAGCCAAUCUCUGAUACACACAGAAGGAACAACUCUGGAUCUCAUAAAAAGCGUAAAAUAUGUCGUUGGAUUCCCCCAAGUUAUCUUUACAAAGAGGAAAUGCGGCGCAUUCUGUCAGAAGAAUUACGCCUUGGAAGCGCUUUAAUCCGAUCUGUAAUAACACUGUGA